AUGGCUAAGCUCACAGCUUUCUCCUUCAUCGUCGCUCUUCUUCUCUGCUCCACGCUAACAUACGCAUCAGCCCGGCUCAAUCCAACCUCCGUUUAUCCGGGAGAAAUCUCCGUCAAGAACGUCGAGCAAGGAGAGGAAAGCUGCGAAGGUGUUGGAGAAGAAGAAUGCUUCUUGAUACGAAGAACUUUAGUUGCUCACACUGAUUACAUCUACACUCAGAACCACAAUCCCUGA